AUGCCCGGCGGAGAGGAUCCCAGUUUCAGCGGCGACUGGGUCCACCAGCUCUGCGGCUCCGCGUAUCCCGUGAUUUUCCGUGUGGUCUCAGUGGACCAGGACGACACCUUCACGCUAAGCACGGAUUGCCCAGCAGGUGUUCUCAGUAUGGUGCUGGUGUGCACUCAGUCGGCUGCUUUGCAGCACCGUGCCGGAGCCAAGCAGGAGCCCAUGAGCUUUCACUCCAACUAUUUGGAGCAGGUUGAGACUGUGGAUCGAGGCGCUGACUUCCAGGGAGAUGCUGAAUGGGGUGCCACCCCAAGAGUCGUGCUGCAGGAGGGAGAGUCGGUGGGCGAUUUUUAUGGUUCCGUGUCGUUGAACGAUUGCAUUUCACACUGCGACCGCGUGCCGCGGUGUAUGUCCAUUGCACAUGGACCUCAUGGAUGCCAUUUGAAGGCCAGGUGUGUCCAGCCAGGGGAGGACAUGGUUCCCCCGGGCGAGCAGGGCGCUGACUACCGAACCCUGUUUCGCCGCAGCUGCUCACUGUCAUCGACCAAGGAGAACAGAUACAUGGAAGAGAUGCAGAACAUGAUGGGCAUGGCCCUCCGAGCCCUGGAAUUUUGCCUCCACUGUUUAGAUGCUUCUCCUUGGCCCUUUCUGCUGGAAGAAGUCUUGCAGAACUAUGCCUUGGCCGUAGAGGCCCCGGAGCAUUUCUUAUGGCAACGGAGCAGCGGCCGUCCACCGAGUUUCGCGGCCUUUCCCGGGCCCUCCCCGGGGGGCGAGGAGCUCAGCUUGGAGCCACCUUCAUCAAAGGUACCCAUCAGUGCGGUGAGGCUGACCUUGUUGAGACUGCAGGUACGAUGGAUUCGAGGCUUGGAGAUGGAAGCAGAUUUCUGGCGCGGGAAAUUGUCGCUGAAUCCCGAGGAGAAUGUGAGCCUGGAACGUUUGAAACGUUGGCUGGCCACCGGCGAAGUACCAUGGACUCUGCCUGGCGACGACUUGUGCUACUACCUCCAGGAUGCCCGAAGCAGAGGUGCAGCUAAUGUGCCCCGGAUCCUGAACACGGGGUCGGGGCCGUUGGCCCCAAAGCCCUUGCAGUGCCAAAACAAGGAUGUGAAGGUGGUGGCGGCAGAUGGUCUGGCACGGUUUUACCUGAAGGUGCUAGAUGAGAAUGAGAUGGAGCCUCCAUACCUGCCGGUGCAAUGCCCAGUGGAGGAGUUGCAUUUGUGUUUCCCGGCAGCGCAUUUCGAUGUGGUUCACAUCCGUAACGCUUUAGAUCACAGCUUCGACCCAGUGCUGGGCAUCGAGCGCAUGUUGCAGGUGACACGGCCUGGGGGCUGGGUAUUGCUACGACAUGCCAGGAACGAGGGCGUGCCUGGGAAGUUUCGCAAUGGUUUGCAUCAAUGGGCCUUUGACGUCGAGGACUCCAGUGGUGAAGUGCACUUCCUGAUUUGGAAUCCCGAUCUGCGCGCCGAUGUCACCAACCACCUGCUGAGCACCGGCCAUGCUGCCGAAGUAAAGACGCGCUUGCUGGAUCAUCCAAGUGAUGAUGCGCCGGAGGAUGAGAAGUAUGUCUGGGUGGAGAUUCGAAAGCCGACGGCAGAAGAAUUUGCCUCACACUUGCGGCUGAAGGGAAGCGGCUAA